GUGUAAAGUGAUACUUGAGGACAGGACGGGAGGGAGGAGCAGCUCAGAGCGAGCGACUUCCUAAAAACACAUACCUCUGCUUAUUGCUGGGAGCUUGUUAUGCUGUUUGUAACUUUACAUGUUUGUGUUGACUGACUGUACACAAGGAUUAAAUUUAAACUCCACCGCAGCGGAUUUCACACCGUCUCCUACCAGAUCUGCCACUUUCACUUUCACGGCAGAAGAAUUACAGCGGGGGAAACAAUAAGUUGUAGAUUUCCUGGAUGGAAUCGGAGAGUCUGCUGAGCGGGAGUGUGAACGGAGCCUCCGGGCAGUAUGGCUCCGGGUCGGGCACGGGACACGGAGGGGCCCCGGGCAGCAGACGGAUGUCGUACUCUGUCGCCGGGGAGUCGUGCAGUGUGGAGGGGAGAACAGAUGAUGAGGACCUCUAUAUCCAACAAGCUGUUGUAUUCAUCGAGGACGCCAUACAGUAUCGGUCCAUCAACCACCGGGUGGAUGCCAGGUCACUCCGCCUGUAUCGAUGGUACUACUCAAGGAUAUGCCAGUGGGGCUUAGGCCUGACUAUUGCGGUGGUGUUGUUGCUGGCCUUCGUGGAGCGCCCGUCCUCCCUGUCCGUCUCCUCGGACCCUCGGCAUCGCUCUCCGCCCUGGCAGCCUCCCUGUGGCUUCACCGAGAGCAUUGAGAUGGUCUGCCUCAUCAUCUUCACUCUCGAUCUUGCUGUCAAGAGCUACUUGAUUGGCUGGGAGGAAUUCAGGAAGAGCAAAUGGCUGAUCGGCUACACUGUUGUCAUUUCAAUCUCCGUCAUCGACUGGGUGUUGUCUGUCAGCAUGGUCUGUGAUGAGAAACUGAGAGUACGGCGACUCAUCCGGCCAUUCUUUCUCCUGCAAAACUCCUCCCUGAUGAAAAAGACACUCAAGUGCAUCAAGAGGACUCUGCCAGAGAUUGCCAGUGUCAUCCUGCUGCUGGCGCUUCACCUCUGUCUCUUCACUAUGAUCGGCAUGCUGCUGUUUGCUAAAACAGAGGAUCCAAAGAGGAACGAGGAGUGGAGGCUGCAUUUCAGAAGCCUUACGAACUCCCUCACCUCUCUGCUGGUGCUGCUCACAACAGCCAACAACCCUGACGUGAUGAUCCCCGCCUACUCCCUAAACAGAGGCUACGCCAUAUUCUUCGUCACCUUCAGUGUAAUCGGAACCUACUUUCUGAUGAACUUACUGACAGCCAUCAUCUAUAACCAGUUCAGAGGAUAUUUACUGAUGUCGGUCCAAACAUCCAUCAUCAGGAGGCGACUGGGGAUCCGAGCUGCUUUCCAAGUCCUCAGCUGCCAGGGAGCUCAGCAGGCUGCUGAGGAGCGUUUGCGUGUUGAGACGGUGCUGCAGGUGAUGUCCAGGGUCCAGAUGAAGAGCUACUACAGAGCGGCCAUCACUACGGAGGUGCGGCAGCAUGACACUGUGGGCUACAUGGAUCGAGAGCAGUUUAGGAAGAUAUUUGAUGAACUGGACAAAGACCGCAUCAAAGAGCACCCUCCCUUGCCCCAUUACGACUCUCCAGUCCUGCAGAGGCUGCAGGUGAUCUUCAGUCACUACUAUCUCACUAUACUUGGUAACGCGGUGGCACUGGCCAACGUCAUGUCCAUAUGUACUGUCCUGGUGCUAAAUUCUGAAAAGUCCACAACAGAGAGAGACAACUACAUCAUGGAGAUCAUCAACCUGUGCUUCAUCCUCUACUACCUGUUUGAAAUGAGUGUGAAGAUCUUUGCGUUUGGCUGGAGAGGGUACCUCUCCUACAAGAACAACAUCUUUGAUGGCUUCCUCACCAUCCUGCUACUGGUCCUACAGAUCACUAUAUAUAUCACCUACAGGGUUCCUUAUUCCCACUGGGACCCGUCUUCUCAUGGUGUAAUGUCUCUGUGGGAGAUGAUUCGCUUGGUCAACAUGCUGAUUGUCUUCCGCUUCCUGCGCAUCAUCCCAGACAUCAAGCUCAUGGCUUUGGUUGCGAGUACACUGCUGGACCUGGUGAAAAACCUCCGAGCCUUCGCAGGGAUCCUGGUGGUGGUGUAUUAUGUAUUUGCUGUGUUUGGGAUCUGGCUGUUUGAAGGAGCCAUUAAACCGCCUCCACAGAUGAGUGUACUCUCCAAUACAACCAUGGAGAACAUCACCUCUAACUUCAGCAUGGAGUGUGGCACCUAUGAACAGCUGGGAUACUGGCCCAACAACUUCGAUGACUUUGCUGCAUCCAUCAUUUUGCUGUAUAAUGUCAUGGUAGUCAACAACUGGCAGGCCUUCAUGGACGCGUACAGCAGAUACACCACAGAGUGGGCCAAGAUCUACUUUGUGUGUUGGUGGCUCACCUCCUCUGUCAUGUGGGUCAACCUGUUUGUGGCGCUCAUCUUAGAGAACUUCAUCUAUAAGUGGGACCGCAGUCACAGCUGCUCUGUUACAGAUGUGGAGAGGAUCAGAUAUGAAACUUCUGUUCAGCUCAUGUUCAAAGAGCAGAUCCAGGAACCAACAGAAGAGGAAUUACUUUGUCAGCUACACCGACACCCCCACCUACACCUACACUGGUGACACACAUUCACACACUCAGAGCUUCAGCACUUACCUGCAGUAACAAGUCAGACUCUGAGACUCUGCGACUGAAGCUUUAUGAGAGUCUACUGUGUGGUAAAAGCACUGACAGGUCAAUAUCACAGCAAUCUGAUAGUAUUUUAUUGUGAUUUUGUGUCAUUAUAAAAUGUUCCCGUACUACUAAAACCAAUUGGAAGCACAUGUUUUUAUGAUUUGUCAUGUUGUUCUUGAGUAAAACCACUGCCAGCUGCACUUUUAGUUGCACAAAGGUUUGUCACUGGUAGAAGCACUGGAGGCAGACGCAAUCUUAUUGGUUGAGUGUAGCACCAGUGGGUGGAGUUAAAGAACUAAUUCCACACUACAUACCAGUAUGAACAGAAUGUAUUAUGUACUAUUAUAUUAGUAUGCAAUAAAUGAAUCAAACUGUGAUUACAGAAAGCUCCUGGCUAUUUCAAACUUCACAUAGAGAAAGCAAAUCCGAAUUUCCAAAUCUUAAUGACUGUAUUUUUUGUUUGCACCACCAUCCACAAUUAUUAAUAUAAUUAUUAUAUUAUGAUUAGUGUAGCAAAGAGCCUCCAGAAUAGAUUUUUUUCCUACCAGAUUUAAUCAUAGAACAAAAACUGCAGAUAUUUUCCCUGUUAAUGGUUAAACCACUAAAAGCAAAUAUUUGGUUUUUGUAUUGCAUAAAAAUCUAUAUACUGUACCAUCUUAUCACACGCUGGUAUACGGGUUAGCAAAGAAUGUGUGAGAGCUGCUGCUGUAAAAUGAGAAUGACCUGUACAGUGCAUGUUUACAAUCAUUUUGCAGAUUUUAUCUUUCAUUCAAUGCAGUUGGCCCAGCACCAAAGCCAUAAACAACUAUGUGGAAACUCAGAAGUGAAACAGCUACAUCAGCUUUUUAAAAACUCAAAUCAUGCUUCCAGUUAAUUCCCCAGCCCCUUCCACACAGGGAACAUUGUUGUUAGGAAGGUGACACAUUUCCAACUCGUCUCUUUUCACACUUGAAGCAGCUUGGAGGGAAAGUUUGGUCUUAAAUAUGACAAAAUUCUAAGAAUAAUGUAAGUUUGCUCUUCGUUUUAGGAAAAAAUGCCAAAAGUGUUAAGACUUAGUUAGAAGUGACCAGCAGGUGGCUGUGUUACAACAAAGAAAAGAGAUUGUAGAAGUGUGUGAUACAACAUCUGUCCUAAUGCCUACACCACCUUUACAACAUGAAAAUGUUCAUGACAUGAUGAAAUCUAUAUGAAUACAGUCAUGGUGGGAUUCUUCCUCAUGCUCACAUCUAUAAAAAGCAUCACUGUGAUACAGUAGUUCUGUUAGGCCAUGAAAUACAAUCACUUUGAAAUACAAAACAUUAAAAUGACAAUUACUGUAUUAUUAUUCUAAAUAUAUAAACUUGCCAGUUCACUUUGACUGAUAUUGUCAACAACAGCACAUAUUGAAGCGUAUAUAAUAUUGGACACAAUGAAUGAUGGGUAGCCUUGAUAUCAUGACAUGGUGAGCAUGAGGCUGUAUAAUAACUGAUGUGAUGCAGCUGUUGUCCUUAAUUUCGCACACACUUAAAGAGCUCUUCAGAAAUGAAAAAGCUGAAUUUGAUGUCUAAUGACUAAAUAAUAAUGAAUAAUAAUAAAGUUCAGUUACAUUCUUAAAAAGUCUUAAAACAACAUCUACUUCUCCUCCCUUAUUGAAAAGUCCAGAAUCUCUGAAUAUGGAAAGUUUUCAUUUCAAAUGUUGAACUGAAGGAGCAAUAAGUAAAACAUAUCUCUGAGUGAUCACACAAAGACUUUGAUAAAAGUUACUUUUAUCUUCUUCAUACAAAGCCUCUUAAGUUUUACUUGAUUAACUUUGACUGACAUAUUCACAGUUUGAUCAUCUGAUCUGGGCUGUUAAACAGUGACAUUAGUUAUUAUUAGUUAAACUUCCUGUAUCAUAAAUAUUUCCUCUAUUUUAAGCUACCAUUUAUGAAGCUACAUAGAGAAGAGGAACAGCAGCAGCCUGUACAGCUUGUUAACAGUAGCCAGCUGUCACAGAGUACUUUAAUGAUGGAUUUGAAAAGCUUUUUGCACUAAAUGAUUCUUUAUCUCUGUGGCUUGUUUGCCACCAUCAGCAGCGAUGAUCGGAGGUUCAAACCUGCUUCACUGACCCCACCCGCUGUAAAAAUAGCCUCUAUAGGCCCCUGUCAGUUUCAAUCAGACAAAACAGAGGAAUAACUGUGCAGUUUAGCUGUUGUCUAAAGGAGGAUAAAAAAAGACAUUAUCUCUUGUUCAGGGAGUUUCAGGGGAAUAUUUUUUUUAGUAUGUUCCAGGAAGCAGGAAACACACUUUUAACUGCACAGAGCGUAUUCUGUACCACCACCAAAGUGUCCCUGCACAUGGGGGAGGCUUCAUUUUUUCAUUUUUGUUCUGGCUCUGUAGAGAGUCUCUGUACAACACAUAGUCACAGUCAUGGACAGCAUGUGCCUUGUCUUUUAUCAUCAGAAAAUGCUCAAAGUGUUUAUAUGUCACAGUGAUAAGAAAUACCUGGAUCCACACCAAAAAGGAGUCACUUGUUCCUUGUUGGCUGACGGACUCAUUUACUUUUACUGACAUGUGGAAACAGGUUUUUGAGACAUCCGGCUAACUAACAAUCAGACAAAUGGGACGUAGGACAGAAACUUAUUGCUGGAAGUAAAUUUAAUAUUUCAUACUGAAGUGUUUUUUUAACAGACAUGUAAAUACUGUAUGCAUAUUUUUAUGCUGUUAAUGUCACUGCUAUAAAUCCACAUCUGAGUCACCACUACAGUAAAAAUUUCCAAAACAUUUCAGGAGUGAUGUGCGUGUGUGAAAGGGGCUUCAGGUGAAUGUAUUCUGGGAGUGUUUGUGGUGCUGGUGUGGCUGAAGGCUGCAUGCUGGAUUACCAUCUACAAUAUGAACACAGUUCUGUCUUUGCACAGUGGUUUCUGCCAUCGAGCCAGUGUAUUCAGAUUUUUUUAACUCAAAGGGUAAAAAGGGAUAUGCCCACUCCUUUUGACUGACACCUUGUUUUAUUUGAAUGUUUGUUUUUUUUCUAGAAAUGGCAAUGAUAUGCCUUGGUAUUUAUAUAAGUACAACUUCAAUGCAUUUUAUCUGUAAAAAUAAGAAUUGGGGAAAGAAUGUUAUAGACAGAAGUUUAUUGUAAAGUUGGAAUGCAAUUUUCUGAUAUUUCAUUUAACUUGAGAUACAGUGUGUAUUUCAGCUUGAACUAUGUAAAAUGUUUGUAAAAAGUAGAUUUUAAAUAAAUAUUUUGCAAACUUA